AUGUUGACAGUUGCGUUCCGCACCAUGGUGAAGCUUGUGAGUGCCGCAGGGACUUUGGGAUCCGACCUACAACUCGAAAACCCCUGUUGGCCGAUCAUGCCCUACUUGAUUCUACACGCAUCGGCUAUGAUGGAACGGAUCCUCUCUGAAUUCGUCGUCGGCCCUGAGAUUGGCCCAAUGGCACCACCCGGGGAAGCCGUUGGCUGCCGUCCACAACCUUAGAGUCCUCGCCCAAGCUUUCCAGGCAUGGUGCGCCAUCAUCGCGCUGCAACAUCUCCAGGGAGCCGCCCCCCCGGGGCUGGAGUUGUUGAGGACGACGAAUCUGCCCUGCUCACUGCUGAAGAAACGAUGA